AUGUUUGGAUCCACAACUCAAUCAUCUACAGCUCCAUCAUUUGGAGCUUUUGGAUCUAAUGCAACAAGUGCAUCCGCCUUCGGAUCUAAACCUGCUGGUACAACUGGUGGAGGAUUAUUUGGUUCAACUACAGCUAAUUCAACUCAACCAUCAACUACAGGUGGAUUGUUUGGUGCAAAACCAGCUACUAGUACUACUACAGGAGGAGGAUUAUUUGGUUCAUCACAAGCUCAACAACAACAGCAAUCACAAUCAGGUGGAUUGUUUGGAGGACAGCAACAACAACAACAACCACAAUCAGGUGGCUUGUUUGGAUCUUCACAACCACAACAACAGCAAUCGGGUGGAUUAUUUGGAUCUUCACAACCACAACAACAACAAUCAGGAGGUGGGUUAUUUGGUGCCAAACCAGCUACUUCUAGUACCACCGGCGGAGGACUUUUUGGAACCCAAAAUAAUACAACAAAUACUACUACUGGUGGGGGAUUAUUUGGUGCCAAACCAGCAACUACCACUGGUGGUGGAUUAUUUGGAGGUAAUCAACUGACAACAACAACUACUGGAGGAGGAUUGUUUGGUGGUAAUCAACUGACAGGUGGUGGAUUAUUUGGAUCUAAACCUGCAACCACAACAGGCGGAGGAUUGUUUGGCAACACUCAACAACAACAACCACAACUUCAGCAGCAACAACAACAACCACAACAACCACACUUGACUGCAAUGACUAGAGUAGGUGAUUUACCUGCGAAUAUCAAAAAUGAAUUGGAACAAUUUGAUAAAUAUAUAAACACACAACAUUUAAUUGCUACGACUUUAAAUUCAGAUAUGAGUAAACAUGAUGAUUUAAUUAAUACCAUUCCUAAAGAUAUAAAUUAUUUACAAAACAAAGUAUUAUCUACUAAACAAGCAUUGAAAUCAGAUUUAAGUCAAUUAUUAAAUUUGAAAAAUUUAAAUAAUGAAGUUACUGAAGAUAUAAAUAAGAUUAUGCAAUUGAUUUUGCAAUUAAGUACACCAGGUACAAAAUUGAGUAGUUCAUUUCAAUUGAAUGAAUUUUUCAUUAAAAAAAUCAAGAAGUAUUACGAGUUAUUAAAUUAUUAUGAAGGAGUGAUCAAAGAUAUUGAAGGUAUAUUAUCAGGAUUAGAAAAAAGUUGUACUGAAGGGUUUGGUAAUUUGUUUAAUAUCGUGGCAGUUAUUAAAUCUCAAUAUAAAUUAUUCAUGGAAUUAUGUGAAACAAUGGCACAAUUACAUAAUGAAAUAAAUAGAUUAACUAGAUAG